AGCAGCCAAUUGUAUAAAUAUGGAUAACUUUAGCCAAUCCAAAAGAUAACCUUUGGUUAACUUUAUCCGUUUUUGGAUAUGUUAUCCAACGUGGUUAUCCUAUUGUAUAAAAAUGCAAGUCGCAUUGGAUAUCUUUAUCCGAUUUGGUUAAAGUUAGCCAAACAUAAAAAACCCACAAUGCAUAUUUAAUCUGGUUCCGGUCAAGACGGUUUCGCGGAAAGUGUCAUUUCAGACGACAACAAAAUGGCUGAAACGCUUUCGCUUCGUAAAAAACGUUCAGUUAACUUUUCCCAUGAGGAAACUGCUCUAAUCCGUGAAGGUGUUAUGAAAUUUGACAAAGUUUUGACAAAGAAAUUUUCAAGCGGCUCAACACCAGUCACCAAGAAAAUUCAAGAUGGGGCGUGGGCCGAAAUAACGGAAAAAGUGAAUUCCGUCGGUCGUGCGUGUCGCACGAUUGACGACGUGAAAGAAAAAUAUCGGAAAAUGGUCUCGAAGGCCAGAGAGUCGCUUACGAUGGAGCGAAAAAACGCCCGGCAGACGGGUGGCGGACAACCGAUGAAAGCCGCAGACACGGUAACGAUGUCAAUCAUUGAAACAAUGAAGGAAACGCCGUCCUUCAGUGGGAUUCCGGGUGCUUCUCAAUCCGAAACCACCAUCGGUGCAGUGCGCAGCGCAACAGGAUUUGUUGAGCUGCUCCAACUGGAUGACUUCCUCAACUUUGCUGACGAUAUUCGUCCAUUCGACGAUGAUGAAACAGUAAAUGAAACAUCAAAAGACAGCAGUGCAGAUCAAGUUCUUAGUGUGCCUGUUCCUGUGAAUAAUAAGGAAAUUAAACCAAGCAGGAAUCCAGCUGUUGGUAAAAGGAAAGAGCAGACCCUGAGGGAACUGCAGAUGGCAUAUUAUGCUGGAGCCAUUGCAGUUCAACAGGAAAAGUUGCUCCUUAUGAAAUCCCAGAGAGAGUUUUUUGAGGAGGGAAAGCUCAUGAUGGCAUUUGCCAAAGACAAACUGUAAAAGAAUGUCAUAAAACAACAUUUUUUAUCAUUUUGAAAAAAAAAAUUCUAAAAAUGAUAAUAAAUGAUACAAAUUA